GAUACCUAGAGAUCCUAACAUGAGGAAGUUGUGGUUACAUGCUAUAAGAAGAGAAAACUUUACUCCCAGUACAGCAACGUUGGUGUUUGAUUUUCCAGCCUAUCUCAAGAAAGAACCUAGCCAUCGAACUGUUUUGAAAAGAAGACAUGAAGAAUCCAACUCAAAAGCAACAGAACAAACUUUGGCUAUUGGUGAAGUAGUAGAAGAACCUGAAAAUGGUGAUCAUGCUGAUGAUGGAAAUAUAUUGGCAGCUGGUCCGUCAAACAUAACACAAAAACUAGGAUUUUUAGAAUCAAGUAAACCUUCAAACAUAUGCAAUUUUAGGGUCAGAAGAUCACCAGUAUACUUUGGGGAUUUCAAAAUUUCUGAUUUAAAUAAUGUGCAGCGUCAGAAGAGGAAAUCUGCUCAUGAAACUGUUCAUAAGUACAAAAAAAUUAACAAGUACAAUCAGUGUAAAAUUCGUAGACAAAGAAAUAAAAUAAAAAGUCUGAAUAGUCUGGCAGAUGCACUACUUAAGGAGAAGAGAAUAUCUGCAGCUCAGUCAAUAGUAUUACCUGAAUUAUUAAUUACUUAUGUUAAAUACUAAUUAUUAUAUCUUCAAAUGUGUAAAGGAGAAUUUAUUGUCAAGUUUCAUACAUUAUGUAUAUAUAUAAAUAAAUAAACUUGGUUUUUUAAUUAUAAUUACGUUUCCAGGAUUUUAUCUCGUUCCAGUUGCCUGAAUAACUUUUAAAUCUUCUCUAAGAAUCCUCGGUUUCCUAUGCAAUUC